ACUUCCUGUUGUUAGUCUAUCUAUUAUAGACACAAAAUGGACAGAGUUAAACUUCAGCCCUUACUUUUGCCUGAUUUAGAGGAGACUAUGAAUGAGUUAGGUCGUGGAGCUUAUGGUGUUGUUACUGAAGUAAUAGUUAGUGGAACAACCUGUGCUGCUAAGAAGCUUCACAAUAUUAUUGUACAGGAUUACACUUUGAGUAGAUUUAGUGAUGAGGUACUUCUUCACAGUCAUCAAAGGCAUCCUAACAUUGUCCAGUUAAUUGGUGUCUAUUAUCCUCCUCGUUCACAAUUACCAAUGUUAGUAAUGGAGUAUCUUCCUUUAUCACUCACACAAUGUCUGGAGAGAGAAGAGCUACCACUUCAAAUGAAGUAUUCUAUUCUUCUUGAUGUUGCUAAGGGUUUGUGUUAUCUUCAUGGUAAACGUCCUCCUAUUGUACAUCGUGACCUCACUGCUAAUAACGUGUUACUCACCUCUUCAUACUCAGCUAAGAUAUCAGAUCUAGGAGUAUCAAGAUUAGCUGAUACCUUUAAAAAGCACCAUCUCACCACAGUACCUGGUAAUGCUAUGGUAAUGUCACCAGAAGCUCUUAAUCAUAAUCCGGUAUAUGAUCACAAGUUAGAUGUAUUCUCUUAUGGUUGUCUCAUUCUUCAUGUACUUACUGGUCAAUUGCCUCAACCCACGGACCAGUUUGUACCUGAACGAAGAAGGAGGGGUUCCUUUAAAAGAGUAUCCGAAUGGGAUAGAAGAUCAAGCUACAUUGAAAAUAUACCAAAAGAGAAUGAGCUCCUUCCUUUAGCUAAGCAAUGUCUCACUGAUGCUAUAGUACUUCAGAAGAACUAA